CUUCAUCCACUUCACAUCAUCUAGUGAACAUUGCUGAUCAAUUCUUGUUGUGAAGCCAUGGCGAUUAAGUGGAGUGUAGUUUGUCUCGUGGCAGUGGCCAUGCUUGGCUGUCUGUGUGUUGCUCAGAAUUGGCCACCCUUCAAACCCAAUCGUCCGUCACCUCAGCAGCCUCAGCAACCACCGUAUCAGAAGCCCAGGAUCCCACCAAAAGACCAAACCCAGGCUAAGCAGAAGUUUGAUACACCAUUGGAUUGGAGCUAUCCUCUGGACCCAAAGCCAGAGCCCAAGAUUAUUGGGAGCUCAGAGGCGAGAACCCCUGUGGCUGCCAAUUCAGUAAGGGCUGAGUGCAGGGAGAACAUGGUCCACGUGGAAGCGAAGCACGACCUGCUGGGGAUCGGCCAGUUGAUCCAGCUAGAAGACCUCACUUUGGGAGACUGCCCUAUGUCUGGAUUCGACAAUGUCAACCAGGUGCUCAUCUUUGAGUCUCCGCUGCAGUCAUGCGGCAGCCAGCUAAGGAUGACUACCAACUCCCUCAUCUACAUCUUCACUCUGUUUUACAAACCCAAACCUCUGGCAAACACCCCCCUCAUCAGGACAAAUGACGCGAUGAUCAUUAUUGAGUGCCACUAUCCAAGGAAACACAAUGUGAGCAGCCUGGCCCUGAUCCCAACCUGGACCCCUUUCUCCGCUGCUAAGUAUGCAGAGGAACUCCUGUACUUCUCCAUGAGGCUCAUGACUGCUGACUGGCAGUAUGAGAGGGCCGGUAACAUGUACGUGUUGGGUGAUAUGGUGAACAUCGAGGCCUCUGUCAUGCAGUACUUCCACGUCCCCCUGCGUAUCUUUGUGGACAGCUGUGUGGCCACCCUGGAACCCAACAUAAACGCCAAUCCCAGAUACGCCUUCAUUGAGAAUCAUGGGUGUCUGAUCGAUGCCAAAAUGACAGGUUCCCACUCCCAGUUCAUGCCUCGUUCCGCAGACUACAAGCUGUAUUUCCAGGUGGAGGCUUUCAGGUUCCAGAGCCAGAAGGGGAGUGACCCAAUUUAUCCGCAGAAAACAAAGAUACCUGUUCAGGCUGCUUCAGAUUAUCCCGCUACGCUCGACAUGAUCUUCAUUACCUGUCACCUGAAGGCAACCACAAUCGUCUUCCCUAUUGAUUUUGAGUACAAGGCCUGCUCCUUCAUUAAUACGUGGAGGGAGGCUGGUGGAAAUGAUGGAGUGUGUGGCUGCUGUGACUCCACCUGUAGCAACAGGAAGGGACGCGAUACCACUAAGCAUCAAAAACCAGCAAAUAUAUGGGAGGGAGAUGUUCAGCUUGGUCCCAUCUUUAUCACGGAAAAGGUUGCGCAAUAAAUUCAGACCCUGCCAUUGGCAUGCCCAUUGAAAUAAACAUAGUUGAUGGUUCAUCAUCA